UCGCUUCCUCCGCCGCUGUUUCUCGCCUCCCUUCUCCUCGGCUACCUCCUGGCCAGUUUUAAGUUGCGUCCUUGUUGUGUCUGCGCUUGUCAGUUGGAGCUGUGCUCGAAUCGCAAACUUGGCUUGAAUACCGCUUCUCGCGUCCCAGAGAUACCCCGCCAGACCUCAAGAUGAGUUUCGCUGGCAUGCUAAACCGCCUCCAUGGCCAACCCGAGAGCUAUGAGAAAAAAUCAAAGUACAAGUUCGGACGCACCCUUGGUGCCGGCACUUAUGGUGUCGUUCGUGAGGCGGAAGGCCCUACCGGCAAGGUGGCUGUGAAAAUCAUCUUGAAGAAGAACGUCAAGGGCAACGAGCAGAUGGUCUACGAUGAGCUUUCCAUGCUGCAGCGACUAAAACAUCCUCACAUCGUCAAAUUUGUCGAUUGGUUCGAGUCCAGAGACAAGUUCUACAUUGUCACUCAGUUGGCCACAGGAGGAGAGCUCUUCGAUCGUAUCUGCGACAGGGGCAAGUUCACCGAGAAGGACGCCUCUCAAACAAUCAAGCAAGUCCUCAACGCUGUUGACUACCUGCAUAAGAAUGAUGUCGUUCACAGAGAUCUUAAGCCAGAAAACCUCAUCUAUGUUACUCCUGAUGAUGACUCUGACCUCGUGUUGGCCGAUUUCGGUAUUGCCAAGACUCUGGACAGCAAGGACGAGACACUUAAGACCAUGGCUGGCUCCUUUGGUUACGCGGCUCCCGAAGUGAUGGCCAAGCAAGGCCACGGAAAACCAGUGGAUAUGUGGUCUAUGGGUGUCAUCACCUAUACUCUGCUCUGCGGCUACUCUCCUUUCCGAAGUGAGAAUCUGCAGGAUCUUCUUGAAGAGUGCACCAGGGGAAGUGUCAUCUUCCACGAGAGAUACUGGAAGGAUGUUAGCUCUGAUGCAAAGGACUUCAUCAACUGUCUCCUUGUCCCAGAACCUAACAAGAGAUGGACUAGCGAGCAAGCUUUGGGUCAUAUCUGGCUCAGUGGCGAGAACGCCACCGACCACAACUUGCUGCCAGAAAUCGAGGCCUUCCGAAGAAGAUCCCGCCUCCGCCGUGCCAUCGAAAUCGUCAAGCUCCAAAACCGAAUCAACAAGCUCAAGGAGCACGAAGACGACCCCGAGAACUCUGAGAUGGGAGACGCUCAAGGGGGUGAGGAAAAGAAGGAUGGCGCACGAUUGCAUGCUCUCGGUCUCUUUGCUCUUAAGGAUGUUAAGCAGAAGCAGGAGACGUUGCAGAUGGAGGAAGAGAUGGGAAAGGAGGCGAAACGGCGUAGCUUUACCGAGAACUAAAAGUCUCGGAAGAGGAGGAUUGCUUUUAGCUACUUUUUGGGCAUAUACUUUUGGUCUUUUCCUUAUCAUUUUUGGUUAACCAAAUAUUAUUUCCUGCUUGUUUUUUUUUUCCCCGCAUCAGCAAUAAGUUAUCGCGCCGUAUCACUGAUGCGUAUUUUCUCGGGGGAUUUGAUACUUUUUAUAACACAAAAAUAUCAGUCAAUAUACUUAGCAAAUGCAAAUUACGUUGAGGCAAUAGAACUUUCUUUCUGGU